AUGUCGGUGCCCACAUUACAGCGAGACACUGCCUUCCAGGUGCGAUCUUUGUUCCGAUCGCUGCUGCGCCAAUCGUCCCAAUUCUCCAGCUUCAACUUUCGCGAGUACGCCCGUCGGAGGACGAAGGACGCUUUCCGGGAGCACCAGAACGAAACGGAGGCUAGGAAGGUCCAGGAGCAGAUUCAGGAUGGUCUGCAGAACUUGCGCAUGAUGAAGAGGCAAACUAUAAUCAGUCAGUUCUACCAGUUUGACAAGCUUGUGGUCGAAGGCCAAAAGACGGGAAAGCAAACCGGCGGAGAAGGUGAUAUUGUCCGUCAGAAGGAUACCGGACCUGGAGAAGUUCCUCUGUUGUUCCGAUCGUCGCGCUCCGGCCGCCAAUUCGGCGAGAAUGCCAACCGUUCGAAGAUCGAUCACGACGUGUUCGAGGGCCUCCCCGUCCGACGAUGGACGCGCCAAUCCCAGACCAUCUCGCAGGUGCCGAAGCUGGAUGACGCCGAUCCCCUUGUGCAAGGUCCCGGUGGAAAAACCUCACUACCCGAACACCCCAUGCCUAGGGACAGUCACCUCUUGACCCCGAUGAGUCGGGCUCUGCUCCGCGCCGCUCGCGCCGGCUGCGUCUACAUCCGACCGGCCAACAAGGAUUCCGAAGACGAGGAGAAGGAAGUCACCGACGUGGAGGAACAGCCGCUGAUUCAGAGUGCCGAGCGCAGCUUUGUCGCUCGCAAGUGGGCGGCAGUCCCGAGGCAUCUGGAGGCGGCGGAGGUCGAGUUCCUCGCUAAGCGACGCGCCGGCUUGCCUUCGCUAUACGGUGCGACGGCCGCGGGCACUGAUUCGACUAGCAAUCCUACCCCGAUGCGCAGGACCCGCUUCAGGAAGGUUGACUCCGCGAGUGGGAAUAUCUCGAUCUACGAAGCCUGGGUCCCUGAAGGACAUCGGAUCGAAGGCGAAGUCACAGACGAUACCCAGUUGGCGGUCGAAAAUACCGAAGUCACGAUUACCCCUGAAGCGCCCGCCCCGGGUACAGUUAUCGAAGGCGUCGGUGUGGUCAAUGCUGAAGGCGUGGUAGUUGCCGAGGCAGGCUCGGUGUCGGUCAUGACUCCGCCGAAGAGACGCCCUCCUCCUCCUAAGCGCAAGGCCAAGGGUUUUGGAAAAGGUAGGAGGAAGAAGGUCAUGUUUGCUCCUGGGGAUGGGGCCGAUGCCGCCACGGUGCACGGGGCCGAAUCCGGUGCUGCGGGCGGUACUGCGCAGCCUGGUCGCAAGGAAGAGGACACAGACGCGUCUCGGGGCGAGCAGGCUGGUCAGGAUGAUGAUGAUGACGACGGUGAUGAGGGUGAUGACAGCGAGGAUGGUGAGGGCGAUGAGUCCAUGCUCGAUGCGAAGACUCCCGAAACCCCACUGCCGCAGACCAGCGCCGAACCUGAGCCCACGCCUGCUCCUGAUUCCGAGCCUCCGGUCGCUGAACAGGUCCCCGCGCCUGUAGCAGCGCCUGCGGAAUCAGAUGCCGCUCCGCAGACGGUUACUGAAGUCCCAGCUGCUACUUCAGCGCCGUCCUCGGAGUUGCCUUCACAGUCCCCAGCCGAGCCUUCACUACCCCAGGCGCCCGAAGCUCACUCACAGUCGCAUCCUGAAUCGGCAACACCUGCUGCGCCUGAAAAGCUCACACACCAGACGGAACCCGCAGAGGAUGUCGAGAUGACCGACGAUCAACCCGAACCCGCUUCAACAGAUAUGAGAACUACAUCGGAACAACCUGCUACGGCACCACCUCAGGAAAAUACCCAGGAGACUUUCCAGACUUCAGAGCCCAUGCAACUUCCCGAGGGCCAAAACACUGAACAGCCUGCCGUCGCUGAAGCAAAGGAGCCCGAAGAUGUAGUCAUGGCCGAUCAGAGUGACUCGGUGGCACAAGAGCCUGAACGGACUGAGCAGCAGACUACGGAGAUCCCGACAGGCCCUACGCAAGCACCACAGCCCGAACGUGCCCAGGAGGAGUUUGUGCCAGAACAGACAGAUGCCCAGCCGAGCGAGAAACAAGUAGACAGUGACAUUGACCUUCUGGGCAGCUUAGAGGCCAGCCUAGGCAACUCCGCCGAUCAAGGUCGAACGGAUGAACCGAGCGAGUCGCAGCCUGAGAAGCAGGUCGAGGAGACCCCUGUCAAAGAUGAGUCUGCUCAACCAGAAACCGCUGAAGUACUCAAAUCAGAGGAACCUUCGGCUGAAAACAAGGACCAAACAACAGCGGUGGCACCUGAGGCACCAACGGCAGAGCCAAUCUCUCAGGAGCAGCCCGAAAACCCCGCUGAAGAAACCGUUCAGCAACCCACCGAGAUCCCGGCUACAGAAUCAUCCUCAGAGCAACUCACAGAGCCGAAUACUCAAGACCCCAAGCCCCAGCCUACCGAGCCAGUCACGGAAAAGAUCGAGGAACAGCUUGAACCUCCGACUGAGGAGCCAUCCAUUGAACAAGCACCGCAACCAGCCGCAGAGCCAGCACCAGCUGAGGCUUCUCCAUCGGCAGAGGCUCUUUCCGCAGAGGAGCAGUCGGCAGAACCGUCAAAAGAAGAACCAACAACCGAAUCGCAACCCGAGCAGCCCUCAGAACAACCAUUACAGCCAGCAGAAGAACGGUCUGGUGUUCAGCCAGAGGAACUACCUCCCCAGUCUGAUGUACCAGCAGACGCUCCACAGGAACCUGCCGCUACCGAAGCCCCCAAGACCUCUUCUCCACCUAUCUCGGCAGCCGUCGAAGAAGCCGUCGAAGAUACCAAGCCUGCUUCCACCGAGGCCAAUGAGCCCGCACCCGCACCCGCACCCGCUGCUGCUGAAGCUACACCCAAGAACCCAACUCCAGAAGCCGUCCCGGAACAGGAGACGCAAAAGGAGGAGGAGCAGGAACAGAAGCAGGAACAGAAGCAGGAACCGAAAUCUGAGCCCGAGGCUGAGGAACCAAAGCCCGAGACCAAGCAAGAAGAGAGCGAGACAACGGCAGCACCGGUCUCCGCUGCUACAGUUCCAGAUCCCUCGGCUCCGUCUGCAAAUGACGAGGCUUCUUAG